AUGAAGCUCUUUGUUCUCUCGGCACUCAUGGUCGCAGCUUAUGCGGCACCUCAAGGCUACAAUUUGGCCUCGCCAUCGGGAGGUGAAUUUUCCCAUGGUGGAGAUCACUCAUCUGGAAGUGGCUUCUCUAGUGGCGGCGGAGCCUCCGGUGGAGGAUUCUCCAGUGGCGGUGGAAUCUCCGGUGGAGGAUUUUCAAGCAGUGGAGGUCACCCAUCUGGAAGUGGCGGCGGAGCCUCCGGUGGAGGAUUUUCAAGUGGCGGAGGAGUGUCUGGUGGAGGUUUCUCUGGUGGAAGCAGUGGUGGAUUUGGAGGUCCCGCUGGUGGGUGUCGAGAUGGAGAGAUCCUGCAUGUGGAUGGAUCUUGCGUAGUUCCUGUAAUCACGAGAAAUGUGUUUGUGUAUGAUGCUCCUGAGCAAUCUCAGCAACCAAGCGGUCCACCACCAAGUGUCCCACCACCUAAAGUUGACCAUAACAUUCUGUUCGUACGUCUUCCUGAAGGCGGAGUAGGACCUGAACCCAUCAUUGUUCCUCCACCAAGGCAAGAGAACAUCGUGUAUGUCCUGAACAAGAACGAUGGAGAAGGAGGCCAGCGAGUAAUCGAGGUUACUGCUCCUCCAGCCACUAAUCCUGAGGUUUACUUUGUCAACUACGAUGGACAUAUGAGAGUAAAUCAAUCUUACAAAUGUAUUUUCUUCGUAUACCCACUACGUUCUGUACUCUCGGCACUCGCGGUCGCAGCUUACGCGGCACCUCAAGGCUACAAUUUGGCCUCGCCAUCGGGAGGUGGAUUCUCCCAUGGUGGAGGUCACUCAUCUGGAAGUGGCUUCUCUAGUGGCGGCGGAGCCUCCGAUGGAGGAUUCUCCAGUGGCGGUGGAAUCUCUGGUGGAGGAUUUUCAAGCAGCGGAGGAAUCUCUGGUGGAGGAUUUUCAAGCAGCGGAGGAAUCUCUGGUGGAGGAUUUUCAAGUGGUGGUGGAGUGAGUGGUGGAGGUUUCUCCGGUGGAAGCAGCGAUGGAUUUGGUGGAGCUGGAGGUCCCGCUGGUGGGUGCCGUGAUGGAGAGAUCCUGCAUGUAGAUGGAUCUUGCGUUGUUCCUGUGAUCACAAGAAACGUUUUCCUGUAUGAUGCUCCUGAACAAGCUCAGCAGCCAAGCGGUCCACCACCAAGUGUCCCACCACCAAGAGUUGACCAUAACAUUCUGUUCGUGCGUCUUCCUGAAGGAGGAGCAGGUCCUGAACCCAUCAUCGUUCCUCCACCAAGGCAAGAGAACAUCGUGUACGUCCUGAACAAGAACGAUGGAGCAGGAGGCCAGCGAGUAAUUGAGGUUACUGCUCCUCCAGCUACCAACCCCGAGGUUUACUUUGUCAACUACGAAGAGGGAGAGAACCCAACUCUUCCUAUUGGCGUGGAUCUUGAGACUGCUCUUAACGCUGCCGCUAGUGCUGGUGGUCAAGUGAUCGGAGGCGCCGGAGGAGCAGGUGGCUUUGGAGGCGAUGGAGGAUUUGGCGGCAGUGGAUCAGGUGGCUUUGGAGGCGAUGGAGGGUUUGGCGGUAGUGGAUCAGGUGGCUUUGGAGGCGAUGGAGGAUUUGGCGGCAGUGGAGUAGGUGGUUUUGGCGGUAGUGGUGGAAGUGGAGGAUUCGGUAGUACAAGUGGAGUAAGUGGAGGUUUCGAUGGUGGAAGUGUAGGCUUUGGCGGAAGUGGAGCAGGAAGUAGUGGAGGAUUUGGAGGAAGUGGAAGCAGUGCUGGUACCCCAUCCACGUUGUAUUCUGGUCCUUAAACAUUACGGAAGGAAUAUUUCCACCAUGCUAUGCAAUACCUACCAUCAUGUCAAUAUAGUCAGUUAAUAUUUUAUUACUAUUGUUUACAACUUACCAAAUAUAUAUAUAUAUAAAAGUU